UUGACGUUUCUUUGACAACAAUCGGCAUGCGUCCUGCAAACAUCGCGCUCAGUUCAAUAAAUGAUUUUAUAUUUUCCUAAUUUAAAACAAAUAUGGAAUUACUUCGUACAGAAGAUUUCUACAUUUUUGUUAAAGGUGAAAAUUCGUUAUGGUGGGAUAGACAAACGGGAAUAUUUGUACCAAAAUCAGGAUGGGAGCUAACAAGUGCAGAGGAUCCUGUAUGUUUAGGUAUAUGUUACGGAAUAAUUGGUAAAGUCGAAUACACCACAGUUUUCGAUCCACGAUUGCUCAUUGUCAAGGAAUGUACACCAGUUGGAAAGAUUCACGGACAGCACAUUGUGUACAAAAUAAAAUCUAUCGGUUUUUUGCAGUUGGGUGCCGAACAUGCCGAUUUACAACUGAAACAGUGUUCAAAGCACAAAUCAUUGGCAUUAAAGAAAACAAACUUAAAUACCGGCUUAUUUGACAUUCAACGGAAUACGGCAUUCACAAAAACAUGGGGUACAUUGAAAAGUGCGGGGAACAGUAUUAAAAACACAACUCAACAAGCAGCGGCGAUAGCAACCGGAACUCCUAAAAGACGCGAUUUUAAAGAUAAGGAAAAAAUUGAAAAACGUAUCAUUGAGGAAUUUCACAAGAUCUUCACCGACACAGACUCCUUUUAUUUCUGUCCCACAUGUGAUAUUACAAACUCCUUGCAACGGCUAUGCAAUAAUGAAAAAAAGACAGGAUUUAAGGAAGCUCCCAUAUGGAAGAUGGUGGAUGAUCGGUUUUUUUGGAAUAAGCACAUGCUCAAAGACCUAAUCGAGUCAAAAAAUCCUUUAAAUGAUCCAUGGAUUUUGCCAAUCAUCCAAGGAUACGUACAAAUUGAAGAUUGUCGGGUGGAAAUGGGCAAUGAUUAUCAAGGAGUAACUACUAGUCCGAAAUUUGAGAUUUUCACUUUGAGUAUUAUUUCAAGGAGGAGCAGAUUUCGAGCAGGCACAAGGUAUAAAAGAAGAGGCGUCGAUGAUAACGGUGAAUGCGCUAAUUAUGUGGAAACCGAACAGAUGAUAACGUAUCAUCACCACCAAGUGUCGUUUGUGCAAGUGCGUGGCUCCGUGCCCGUGUAUUGGUCACAGCCGGGUUACAAGUACAGGCCACCUCCUAGAAUUGACAAAGGUGAAGUAGAGACGCAAGCAGUAUUUGUAAAACACUUCAAUAAAGAAAUGAUAUUAUAUGGGCCAAUAUGUAUUAUUAAUUUAAUAGAACAAACGGGUAAAGAGAAGGUGAUUUGGGAUGCAUACUCCAAUCACAUUUUUCAGUUUAAUAGCCCUCACAUUACUUAUUGCACGUUUGACUUUCACGAAUACUGUAGAGGGAUGCAUUUUGAAAACGUAUCAAUUUUAAUUAACAGCAUUGCCGACAUUAUUAGGGACAUGAAUUACUGUUGGAGGGACAAGCAGGGACAUAUUUGUUCGCAAGUCGGCAUAUUUCGUGUGAACUGUAUCGAUUGCUUGGAUCGUACAAAUGUGGUUCAGACCGCUUUGGGCAAAGCAGUUAUGGAAAUACAAUUUACAAAGUUAGGAUUAAUUUCUCCCGAGGGUGGUAUGCCGGAAAAUAUUAAAAAGACAUUUCAAUUACUUUGGGCUAAUAAUGGAGACAUCAUAAGCAAACAGUAUGCUGGAACAAACGCGUUGAAGGGCGAUUAUACAAGAACCGGUGAACGAAAGUUUACCGGAAUUAUGAAGGAUGGUGUAAAUUCUGCUAAUAGAUACUACAAACAACACUUUAAGGACUCCAUACGGCAGUGUUGUCUAGAUAUAAUGUUAGGUUGUGAAGUCGCUCAAGCUGAACUUGACGACUUUUGGUUAUAUGUACGUGUUAUUCGUAACAUAGCAAGAGAAUAUAUGCCUGACGCCCCUCCAACCUACAUACCACAUGUAGCUCUUGGACCCGAAUUUGAACUUGGGAAUGCUUUGUAUUACAUGUCUAGAUACUACCUAAGUCGUUUCAAGGAUUCAACUCGCCAGGGUACUGUUGAUUUAAUGUUAGGAAACUGCGUAUCCGAAGACAUAUUUUCAGACAACAAGGCUCAGCAAGAAGAGGAAGACAGCGCAGCGACCGCUGAACAUGUUAAGCUUCUGAUUGAAGAUUGCAAAAAAAUGUUGAUCAACAAUCCCGAGUUUGUAGUAGGUGCUUGGGGUCUUAUUAAUGCCGAUCCUUAUACAGGUGAUCCAAAUGAAAGCGACAUGGAUUCAAUUUUAAUCUUAACCAGGGAGUCUUACUUCGUUGCGGAUUACGACGACGAACUCGAUAAAAUUACCAAAUACCAAAGAGUGUUGCUGUCAGAUAUUACUUUACUCGAAUGUGGCAUACCAGAUACUGUGUCACUGUUUAAGACAUCAAGGCCGCACCACUGCAUUAGGGUUAAUUAUAAAGUCAACGAACUUGAUGGGUAUUACCACAUGUUUCGUUCGACUAACCUGCGCUUUUUCAACAACAUGGCGAUCGCUAUCAAGAGUGAGGAGGAGGGCAUAGAAUCUCUCAAGUCGAUAUGCGAAGCGUUUCAGAUUAGUGUAGAUAUAGCGGGCUUACAACCAAUACCUUUCAAACAGGGGCACAAGCUCGAUAAAAGAAAAUCGAGGGUUGUUAAUAUUGGAAACGCUAGCAGUAAUAUUUACUUGGACGUAGUUGGUCUGCCUAAUCUAACCAGAAAUGUAUCGGAGUCACAGCUGAUUGCGCUAAAGAGUGCAGGUUCCAAGGCUCUUUCUAACGUAACUCAGCAAUUUUCCAAACUAAAUAAAUUAAGUUCUCCAUUUAUACCAAAGAAAAAACGCACAGCCAAAUUUUUGGUUGGCAAAGGCGUUAAUGGCGAAUCUUCAACUGAUUCUGAAGAGGAGUAUGAGAAUUCAAUCUUUCAGCCAAAUACAUCUGUCGAAUCCGCCUCUCUGCAAUACUCAACGGACAAUAGUGUAAAUAGUAUAGGUAACAAUUCAUUUAUUGAACAAGGAAUUGAACUGACAGAAGAUUCAACGUUAUUUGAUAAUAAAGUUGAUGCGUUCUUACCUAGUGUGGGUAUAGUGAUGGGUUCUGCGGAUACGUCGGAAACAGUUCUUCUUGAUCCUCAGUCACAUAUCGGAGAGCAAUCUAAUGUUGAUAACGUUCGAUUGUCUAGUAUUGUCGAUUCGGUUUCAAUAAAAAAUUCCGCGCCCGAAAUACAAGUAAACGAAGACGACUCGAAACAGAACCAGCAAACGAAACUUCGUCUCAACCGCAAACUGAGCCGGUCCUCUAGCGACAUCGAUAAAUCUGGCGAAAGCAAGCUCGAGCUUGACUUGGCGCCGAAUUUAAUUUUUAUCGCGGGCGAACGUCUCUCGGACAAGAGGUCCAAUUCCGAAAAGAACAUCGCGCUAAAUAUCGCGCAGUCGCAGAGCGAAUCCGCCCUAAAAAAUAAGCUUGCAAAUCUCACUAGUCCCGUGGCUAUCGCGACCAAAGAUCUAGUUCUAAAUCCGUUCUCGAAAUUCGCGAAGGGCGUUCAAAAUUUAGGUUCCAAUCUCGAUCCGCGCAAGUUCGGUACUAGCGGCGUUAGGCAGGUUUCGGAACGUGAACUUGAGGAACAUAGGCAGAUGCAGGAAAGGUGGCGACACUCUAAUACUAGGUUAAUUGCUUUAUGAAUUUUUAAAUUAUCUACUUAUUUAUUUUGAUGUGAUUUUAAAAGUUUUAUCUAGGAUUAGGAAACGCAUAUCAUUGCCUUUCAUAUAGCUUUAACUGUUUUACUUAUUUAUCACGAUUUUCAAUUCUUUACCAAAGUUUUAGAUACCUAUACAUAAUUGUACCAAAUUUACUUUUAGUAUUUUGUCAUAGGUAGUGGAUCGCACUGUGUAGGAACGGGCAAUAAGUUCCUCAGUGCCUUAUUUAUUAUUAACACACAAUUUGCAAAAAGCCAUACUUUUUGAUUGUACAUUUUGAAACUUUUUGGUAGGUAUUUGAUUGCUAUGAUGGCUCCAACUGUACUUUUUAACUCCAACUUAGGACAGUGCUGGCAUAUCAGACACCUACUAGUGGUUUACCUUUGUAUUGUUUUUUUCCCCCUCACUUUGCCUUCGAUGGUCGAGCUGAUAUUUCUAAAAGGCGAAUUUUUCUAUGCAUUUAAAGUGCUGCGAUCCAUAAGGGACAGGAAAAUCAACCUCCCUUAGCGUGUGGCGAACGCAUGACAUUUUUAUUGAAGGUUUUUCGUACCUGCGCAUAUGCUCCGCUCCAAGCUGGUGGGUGAAAUCUGUAAAUUUUACAAUUUCUUUUUUAUAGUACAUGCCUUCCAAGCUAUGCAAAUUUUCUAUGUAUCUGGCUGCAGUUCUACUUGCAAGCUUAAAUUUACAUUUAAAAGUGGGAGUAGACUCAUAGGCAUAAAAAAUACCGGAUACUUUUUUAUCCCAGUCUUAAGGCAUUUGAUUGGCCACAUUUUGGGUGUGUCUAUAUCCGAUAGGAUAUUGUCAAAGGUAGUAACCAAUCACGUUUUUUAACACCAGGAUUAGGAUUCAAUCUACAUCCAAUUGGUUUGCACUGAUGGUGUUUCUUCUAUGGUAUUCGUGGCUAGUUGCUGCAAGUUGCAAUACUUUGCCACCAGAACCAUGAUCCAAAGCAGUUAAAACAGUUUUGUUUUUAGCUUAUGACUCAAAAGCAUUCAUCCUAUGGUUAAAAACCACUUGUCUCUUUGAAGGCUGACAGAAUUACUAGCAAUUUUGCUCUCACAAAAAAUAUUUUUCAAUGGAUCUCGAAUUAUCUGUUUCUAAACUUUGUACUCCAUGGACUGCAAACGGUUUUUUUAAAAGGGUCCAUGGUGCCUAAGAAAAACUGGCAUUAAUUAAUCAGAAUUGAUCUAUGACAAUGUCCCAAGCUUACUGUUGAGCUUUCAGUUUAACAAAAAUUAUUAAUUCUAUCUAUAGAAUGAUUGGAGGGUUUGUUUUUAUGACAUAUUAUUAAUUUAGUUAUUUUGGUAUUCUUCUUGAGGUGUGGAAAUUCCGUCCGAUAUUUUAAGAAAUGUCAAGGACAAAUCGCUUUUGUGAAGGCACUUGAAGGUAUUAGUCUGUUCCGAAAUCUCGUAACUGCUGCGAUCCUGAGCCAUGACGUCGUGCCCGGACAUUAAUUAACUCUCGCUUAAUCGUUUUAAACUUUCGAUAUUGUGCAAUUUAUAGCAUUAUAAGUAAAUGUUUAGGUUUCAUGUAAUUUUAAAAUACUUCGUACCUUGUAGCAUUACAAUUUUCUUAAUACAACAUUACAGUUACAAGAUGAAGGUAAACGACGGUUGCUCAUUUAUAUUAUGGAAUGUGAAUUUAUUUUUUUUAGGGUAAAUGUAAGUAGUUGUGCUUCCCAUUGUACUUAAGUGUUAAAUCAAUACUAAUUAUUUUAAUAAAUGUACAGGGUAAAUCACAUAGAUUUGUGCUUUUUAGGAAGAAAAGGAGUGCAUUUUAAAAUUAUUGUCAGUGAUAGUGUGAUGAAGACCUACAAACCACAAAUCUCAUGUUAUUUUUUGCACACGUUAGUUACAUGCAAUGUGUAUUUGGUAAUCAGUAUUGGAAAGAAGUUAGUGCUACUAGCUGUAGCAGUAACAUAGACGAGGUGGUUGUUUAAUAGAUGAAUAAAGCAAAUGUUUUCUUGCACAUGAUUACUGUUUCAACAGAGUAGCUUCACAGAUUUGAUGGUAUGCUGAUUAUUGCUGAACCAUGACAGGUUGUAACUAUAGCUAAUCUACCCAAUGUAAUUGAUAGAAAAUGCUAGUACUUCCACUUUUCGUACACAUAAGCAUCAUCACUUUAUAGGGAAUUGUAAAGAUUCUAAAAAUUCCUUAUUGUUAACGUAAUGUAUUUUUUUUUCAAAAAAUGACAACUAAAGCUUUAAAAACCAUAAAUAGGCUUCUAGACGACAUGUGAUACACGCAUUACUGUUAUCCUAGAAAUUUUAAUUAAUAGGUACCAAUUGUAUUGUGAUCUUAUUUCGUGUAUGCUCUUUAUAGUAUUUAUUGUUUGUUUUUGUAUUGUUAUGCAUUUAAACUGCAGUUUUUUAUAUUGAUUGUAAACUAUGUAUAGUAAUACAUAAGAACACAAGUUAAAAAAUGCAACAAUUGUCAAUUAUAAAAACUACAUUCCUAAAAGUAAGUAAGGUAGAUGUAGGAGUUUAACUAGAAAUCUGUUGAUAGGUCAGAAAACUUAUUGGUUGUGAUUUAAAUGAUGUUGGUUGUAUUUGUUUUUAUUGUGUAGGCUAUCAUUUAGUGUAGAGUCGUCUGCGCUUGCACUUCCAAAGUUAGUUACCGUAAAGUAAGUAAUUGUAAAAUGUUAGAAACGCCCAUCAGUAUAAUUUUAUUAGUGUUAUUUAUACUCCAAUAAUAUACAACAACGAAUAUAGCUUUUAUUUAUUACUACGGCAUUAGAGAAAUAAAGUGAGAUAAUAAACAA